GGCGCGUUCAAGAGCUUUCUAAUGUUAGUAGUUGGGACGUGUUAUUGUAUAGUUGCACAGUAUUAUUUUUGCACUUCAACUUAUGGAUUGUAUGUAGGAAGAUUGUUUCGCCUUAGUUCUUUUCGAAAUAGCUAACGAACACGGCUAGUUGCCUGUAAGAUUAUCUCUAUAUAUAUCAGAAUGUCUGUAUACACAUUGAUUAUGUUCUUAGUUAUCACUCGUGAAACCCGAAUGUAAGUAAAUAGGAUUGUGAUUGGUCAGAAAUUUUGAGUUUGAUUCACUUGAAGGUAUUUUCGUCGUUACUGUAUCUGAGUUUUCAUAAAGACAAGGAAAUCGGACACAAUAAGAGCAAAUAAUUAGUAGACAGUAAAAAAAGAAUAAGUGUCUCUAACUAGUCGAACUCUGGCGUCCUUUCUCGCGUCCAGCUCCUGGCUCAUUCGAUUUACCCUCUAUUAUGGUUUAAUUUUUAUUUCAGACGUUCUCACUAGAUUCUUUUGAUAAGUAUUUAUUACUCUUUGUUCUGCUAACUUCAUGUUACCGAGUAGGUCCUUUCCUACAGAGACAAAUCAUAUUGACAAACGGUAGUCCCCAAUGGAAUUGCUAAGGAACAAUGGGUGGCAUAAUUUCGUAUAUGUAAAAUUCAUCAAGGAGGAAUAGAAAUAAUCUUCACCGUUAUGUGGUAUGAAAUUCUUCCAGCGCUUUCAAUAGUAACCGGAAUAACAUUUGCUAUUCCACCUUUAUUAAGUGUAACUAAUUAUGCGUUUCUUGGUAGAUGGUCUCCACCUAGUUUAUUUCGAUUUAAACAAGACUUCUUUCUACAUUUACGUGAUAAAGAUCUUGAAGGACCACUUUUAUUUGAAGAUUCAGAGUUUAUCAUCAAGGAUUAA